GAGAUGGCUAGAACGCCAACGCCGAGAUCCCUACGUGUUUAAUGCUCGAGUCCAUUCCUAUCGUUGUCGGAGUGCCUUCAAACUUCUUGAAAUCAACGAUAUGAUUGGUAGUAGCAAGUUGAUUCAACCUGGCAUGACAAUUGUCGAUUGUGGAGCAGCCCCGGGUUCAUGGAGCCAAGUUGCAGUAAAACUUUCUUCUGGUGGCAGAGUGAUCGCACUCGACAUAAACGACUUUGAGGCUGUUCCUGGCGCUAUAUGUAUUCCUCAGUGUGAUCUCCGAGAUACAGCCCGUACUCUGGGUCAAGUGAAAGAGGCUCUUGAUAGUGGCUCUGAAAGAAGUGUUGAUGUUGUGAUGAGCGAUAUCGCUCCUCCUGCUUCUGGUAUUCCACAAAUUGAUUAUCCCAAUCUCAUCAAUCUUGCUCAAUGUGUCCUCAAGGUUCGUUAA